UUAAAAACUUUAUUGAACACCAAAACAAAAAGAAAAAAAAUGACAAGUGUUGGUCUUCUUUCAGCUGCUUUCCUUUUGGUUUUGCAAGCAACAAUGCUUGCCUCUGCUUUUGAUCCAAGUCCACUUCAAGACUUCUGUGUUGCUGUGGAUGAUCCCAAAUCUGCUGUAUUUGUGAAUGGGAAGUUCUGCAAGGACCCAAAGCUUGUGAAAGCAGAAGACUUUGUUUUUCGAGGGCUCAACAUAGCUGGAAACACAAUGAACAAGCAAGGCUCAAACGUUACUUUAGUAAAUGUUGAUAAACUCCCCGGACUCAACACUCUUGGCAUCUCUUUGGCUCGUCUCGACUUCGCCCCAAAUGGGCUAAACCCACCCCACAUCCACCCAAGAGGAACUGAAAUUCUUGUGGUUGUGGAAGGCACUCUUCUAGUUGGCUUUGUCACUUCCAAUCCCAACAAACUCUUCACCAAAGUUUUGAACAAAGGAGAUGUUUUUGUUUUUCCUAUUGGCCUUAUUCACUUCCAACUUAAUGUUGGGCAUGUCCCAGCUCUUGCAUUUGCCGGACUAAGUAGCCAAAACCCAGGUGUUAUUACUAUUGCUAAUGCUGUUUUUGGGUCGGAUCCUCGAAUCCCCAUUGAUGUCCUCACCAAGGCCUUCCAAGUUGACAACAAUGUCAUUCAAGCUCUCAUGCAACAAUUUAAUGCCUAACAACAUAAUUUACAAAUGUAUGGUUUUUUUGAAUAAUGCAUUAUAUAUGCAAAUUUAGGAAUAUAUAUGAGUUUCUAUUUUGCUUGUGUUGUUUUUGUGUUGUGAUCCUAGCUUAACUUUUGUUAAACU